AUGCCGCUCGACGUACGUGCGUGUGCGGUGGCAUGCGGACCUAGCGUGCAUGCGAUCGCGCCGGUGAUCGCAGGGUGUGCGCAGGGAGCCGUCUCAGAUGCUGGAUGCGUGCUCGAAGAAGCGGCCUCCUUGCUCCUGCGAUCGGACGCGGAAGCGUGGGCUCGUGUCGCAGUCGCUUUCCGGCCGUGCCUGCUGGAGCUCGUGGCCCGCACAUGGGAGCAUGCUCACGCGGUACACGCCCUCGCAUACUUGAUCGGUGCCUUUGAAGAAAUCUACACACUGCUCGAGGCCUUCCUCCGGCGCCAUUAUGCUCACGGCCUACCCAUGGACGAGGCGCAUCUCGUGUCGCUCUGGCGCAUGCUCCGCGCCGCGCCGCACCUCGCACACACGCUGCAAUGGCCCUCUUCUACUCUGUACUGCGUGUUUGCGUCGCGCGAGCACGCCACGGCGACACGCUGCCUUGCGAUUGAGUGCUACGCUGCCCAAGAGCAUCUCUCGAACGCCGCCCGCGAUGCUCUCCGUGACGCUUGGAUCGGCGACGCCCCUGCUCUACUCACCCAUAUGGACGUGCGCACGAUGCCUGUGCACGAACAGCAGCGCAUCGAUGCUAUAUGGCGCGCAUGCGAGGCCUGCCCUCUGACGCCGACCGACGCGCCCGUCCCGCUCGAGUCCGUGUCGUCUAGCCUCAGCUUGUUGGGCGACAUGAUCGUCGAUGCGCCGCCAUGCACGGACGACGGCUCGGAUCCUUUUAUAUGCACAUCCGGUGCGCUGGACGCGAUCCAGCGCGUGCUUUUGCACGUCACGCUUCGCCUGCCCGUGCUCCUGUCGGGUCCCCCCGCCUCGGGCAAGACCCAUUUGCUCACCUACCUCGCUACGCGCCUGGCGCGCACGGAGCACGGCAUGCCGCCGUACCUGUCUAUUCCCCUGGGCGACCAGUCAGGCGUCGAUGCGAAAGCGCUGAUCGGCUCGUACGUAUCGAGCACCACGAGGCCAGGCACGUUUGAGUUUGUCGAAGGCGCCUUGACACGCGCCGUACGCGCCGGCAUGUGGGUCAUUCUCGAAGACCUGGACAAGGCAUCGACCGAUGUGCUGAGUGUCAUUGCGCCCCUCGCUGAGGCUCUCGGCCCGACGAAGGCCAUGGGCACGCGCCCUGUCCUCGACUUGGGCGCGCGAGGACGUAUCGAGGCCGCGCCUGGCUUUGCGCUCCUCGCGACGCGAAGCACACGGACCGGCGCGGCACGGCCCAUGUUCUUGUCCAGUGAGCACUGGGGCGAGGUGCGACUCGCGCCGCCACGUACCGAGGAUGUGCUGGCGAUCCUGCGUGGCCGAUGUCCGUCCCUUCGUGCACUGCCGUCCCACGAAUGUGCGUGCCUUGUCCAGGCAUGGUACGACGCGAUCGAGGCCUCACAGCGAGCGCCGUCGUCCGUCCGCCAACCGACGCUACGUGAGCUCGUGCAGUGGUGUGCACGACUGGACGCGAUGCAUGCCGCCAGCCUGUUAAAUAACCCCGUCGUUCAGGACGCACUCUUUCUCGAUGCAUGCGACGUCUUUUUGGCGUCGUUCGCUGAUACCUCCACCCCUGUCGCACAGAGCAUGGCGAGCGCUCUGAGCAAGGCGCUGCACAUGUCGUCGGAGCGCGCAUCGUACGCCAUGCGCGAGCGCGUGCCGGAUCUAGCUCUCGGUCAUGCAGGACACGUGCGAGUAGGCCGCGUAUCGCUCGAUCGGCUCGUGCCGGGCGCGCCGACGCUGCAGCGCUAUGCGCUCACGCGCUCGACACUAGCAUCGAUGGAGCGUGUAGCGGCGUGCAUUGCUCACGCGGAGCCAGCCCUGCUGGUGGGCGAAACAGGCACAGGUAAAACCACCAUGGUGCAGACGCUGGCAUCGCUGGUCGGCCAGCCGAUCACGGUGAUCAAUUUGAGCCAGCAGACGGAAAGUGGCGACCUGCUCGGCGCGUUCAAACCACUCGAUCCCAAGCGCCAGGCCGCCGAUAUCCACAAUGCCUGGACACGUCUCUUUGAGCGCACAUUCUCGCUCAAGCGAAAUGGCGCGUAUCUGGACGCGGAGCGCAAGGCGUUUUUCGCCGGCAAGUGGUCGCGACUCGCGAAGCUUUGGUCCGAGUCAUGCCGCCUGGCCCAGCGUGAAUUGGCCGCGCAGAGCGACGCACGCAAGAAGCGGCGCACAGACGGCACACUCGAUGCGUCAUGGCGCGAUCUGCUCGAGCGCGUCACGUCUUUUACGGCCAUGUUUGCGUCCGGGCAGCGCCGCCACUUUGCGUUCUCGUUCGUGGAAGGGCCGCUUGUGCGCGCUGUGCGCCAAGGACACUGGAUCCUGCUCGAUGAAAUCAACCUCGCGUCGCCCGAGACGCUCGAUUGCCUCGCGCCGUUGCUGCAGUCGCGCCAUGGCAGCAUCGUGCUCACCGAACGCGGCGACCUCACACCGGUGCCACGCCAUGCGCAGUUCCGCUUGUUUGCGUGUAUGAAUCCAGCGACGGAUGUCGGCAAGCGCGACUUGCCACCGAGCGUGCGCGCCCGCUUCACCGAGGUGUAUGUGCCGAGUCCUGACGCUGAUCGCGACGCGCUGACGAGUAUCGUGAGUCAGUACAUCGGCCAGGAGGCCGUGAGCGACAAGUCGGCGAUCCUCGAUGUGGCGGAGUGGUACACGGCUGUCCGCCACGCUGCUAUGCGCCACGAGCUGGCCGACGGCGCGAAUCAGCGGCCGCAUUACUCCGUACGCACGCUCGCACGCGCCCUGACCUUUGCUGCGACGCUCGCGCCGUCGUAUGGCUUACGCCGUGCCUUGGCCGAGGGCGUGCAGAUGUCGUUCGGUAUGCUGCUGGACGCGCCCAGUGCACUUGCCUUCUCGAAUCUUGUGCAGCGCCAUCUGCUCUCGCAUACCAAGGACCGGCGCAUCCACGCGUCGUUCGUGCCGCCUGCGCCGCAUUCCCAUGCCAUUCAGGUCGGUGCUUUUUGGCUCGAGACCGGACCGGUGCCGUCCGAUGACGCGCCUGAUUACGUCCUGACACCCAGCGUCGAGGCCAAAAUCGGCGCAUUGGCCCGCGCAUUGGUCACGCGGCAGAGUCCCGUGCUCAUUCAGGGCCCGACCAGUGCAGGCAAGACCAGCGCCGUGGAAUACCUCGCCCGCCGCACGGGGCAUCGGUUCGUGCGCAUCAACAACCACGAGCACACCGACGUCCAAGAAUACCUGGGCGCGUACGCUUCCAAUGCCGAGGGCCAGCUUGUCUUCACCGAGGGCCUACUCGUCACCGCCCUGCGCCGUGGCGACUGGCUCGUGCUGGACGAGCUGAAUCUGGCGCCGACGGAUGUGCUGGAAGCGCUGAAUCGUCUUCUGGACGACAACCGCGAGCUGCUCAUUCCUGAGACCGGCGAAAUCGUCAAGCCGCACCCCCACUUUAUGCUGUUCGCGACGCAGAACCCGCCCGGUGCGUACGCUGGCCGCAAAAUGCUAAGUCGCGCCUUCCGGAACCGCUUUGUCGAACUGCACUUUGACGACGUGCCUCAGUCGGAAUUGGCCUCCAUCCUCACCACACGGUGUGCGAUCCCUCCCUCGUGGGCUGACAAGAUCGUCGCCGUGUUUGCUGAGCUGCAGCGCCGUCGCGAGUCUGGCCGUGUGUUUGAGAAGCAUGCCUUUGCUACGCUGCGUGACCUGUUUCGUUGGGGCAUGCGCGGCGCCGAUGGGUACCAGCAGCUCGCUGAGACAGGGUACAUGCUCCUGGCCGAGCGCACGCGACAUGCGCGCGAUGCCGAGACAGUGCGCGAUGUGCUGCAGCAGGUCAUGCGCGUUCACAUCGAUCCGGAGGCGCUCUAUGACCGCGCCGAUACCCUCGCAGCGCAGCUGGGCCCUGAACGACUGGCUGCGCUGCAGAGCGCCGCGCAGCAUCACCGCAUCGUGUGGACGUCGGCGAUGCGCCGCUUGGUUUGUCUCACGGCGGCGGCCUUACAGCAGAACGAGCCGGUGCUGCUCGUCGGUGAAACAGGCGCGGGAAAAACGUCGGUAUGCGACAUUGUGGCCACGGCCUUCGGUCGGCCCUUGCACUCGUUCAACUGUCACCAAAACACAGACAGCGCCGAUCUGCUCGGUGGACAGCGCCCCCUCCGGAAUCGCGCCGCACUCGCUUCCGAAGCUCGCGUCACAGCCACCCCGCUGCUGGGCGCACCGCUGGACGACGUGCCGCUCGAGCAAGUGGCCGCUCAGCUGCGCUCGCUCGAGCCGUCCGAGGCCCGCGAUCACGCUCUUGCUCUCACGCAGCAGGCGCUCGCUUUGUUUACGUGGUGCGAUGGCCCCCUCGUUGAGGCCAUGCGCCAUGGAGACAUGCUGCUGCUCGAUGAAAUUUCCCUCGCUGAUGACAGUGUGCUCGAGCGCCUCAACUCCGUGCUGGAGCGUGAGCGAACGCUCGUCCUGGCCGAAAAGGCCGGCACGGACGUUGUGAUGACCGCAUCGGAGGGAUUCCAAAUCCUGGCCACGAUGAAUCCCGGUGGCGAUUACGGCAAGAAGGAACUGAGUCCGGCGCUGCGCAAUCGAUUCACGGAAAUUUACGUCCCGCCUGUCGAGCGUACGGAGGACCAGGCUGCGAUUAUCAACGCGAUUCUGCCUGCCUCUCUGCAUGCAUGGACGCCACCGAUGCUGUCGUAUGUGCAGUGGUUCGCUCACCGCCUGGGCGGUCACGACCACACGGGCCUAGGUGUGCGUGAUCUGGUGGGAUGGGCCAUGUUUGUGCGAGACGUGUGCGAGCGCGGCAUUUUGCCGCCGCCUCUCGCGUUUGCGCAUGGCGCGGCCCUCACGAUCAUCGAUGCCCUUGGCACGCUGCCAGCCACGGCGGCUAUGACGCAGGCGGGACUGCACGCGCUGCGCAUGCAGUGCUACCAGCAAGUCAAUGCCAUGAUUGAGCCAGCGCACUUGGAUCCGUUGGAUCCAGCCUAUCGCGCCGUCCAAGACACGCCCGAGGCUCUGUAUGUCGGACCGUUUGCGAUGCCCAAGGGCCCUGCGGCCGUGACGCGUCCGCCCUUCCUCCUCCAGGCGGCCACGACGGCCGACAAUGCGUUGCGUGUGCUGCGCGCAUGCACGAUCCGUGGCCGGAGCGUGCUUCUCGAGGGCAGUCCCGGUGCCGGCAAAACGUCGCUGAUCACGAGUCUCGCGGCCAUGACGGGCCAUGAACUUGUGCGUAUCAACCUGUCGGAGCAGACCGAGUUGGUGGACCUAUUCGGUGGCGAGCUGCCUGUCGAGCACGGUCGUCCCGGCGAGUUUGCAUGGCGACCUGCCGCCUUCCUCGAUGCGAUGCAGCGCGGUGCAUGGGUCCUGCUGGAUGAAAUGAACCUUGCAUCGCAGACGGUCCUGGAAGGUCUGAACUCGUGCUUGGAUCACCGCGGCUCGGUCUACGUCCCCGACAUCGGACGCACGUUUACCAAGCACCCAGACUUUCGCCUCUUUGCCGCCCAGAAUCCCCAGCACCAGGGCGGAGCUCGAAAAGGCCUGCCGAAAUCGCUGCUGAACCGAUUCAUCAAGGUCUAUGUGGCCGAGCUGCAAGAUGCCGAUAUCCGCGUGAUUUGCGAGCAGCUGUACCCCGACGCUGCACCGUACCUCGAUGCCAUGGUAUCAUUCCAUGCCGCGCUUCACAAGGCCACCCAGGACGGCACAGUCGGACGGCACGGUGCGCCAUGGGAACUCAAUCUGCGCGACCAGCUACGAUGGCUCCAAGUCAUGCACGCCGACCUCGGCCUCAGUAUGGCUGAGCCGCUCGAUGCACUGCGGUGCCUGUACCUUGCGCGUUUCCGUACGCCACAGGAUCGCCAAGCUGUGGCAGAGCUGUUUGCUACACAUUUCGGCGACGCAGGGCACGCGCUGCGUAUGCCGCACGCGCUCGUUUCGCCGACAGAUGCGCUGCUGGGCCACGUCCACCUGUCGCGAGCAGGUCCUGUGGCCUCGGCAUCCACACAGCUUCUACUCCCUUCUCAGCUCGCAUGCCUAGAGGGUAUGGCGGUCAGUGUGCGUCUGGGACUCUUGACUAUCAUCACAGGCCACGCCGGCACAGGCAAAUCGUCGGUCGUGCGCACCAUGGCUGCGUUGGCGGGCAUGCAUCUCGACGAAGUUCGUCUCAGCUCGGCGAGCGACACGAUGGAUGUGCUUGGCUCGUUUGAGCAGUAUGACCCUGCGUACGCACAGCGCCAUGCGGCACAAGCCCUGGAUCAAUGCAGGCGUGCGAUCCAAGCACGCUCUCACUUGAGCGACGGCGCUGCCCUCGAGGCCUUGGAUGCAUGCAGACGUUGCUUGCCGCAUGACCUUGCUCAAGCCGCACAGUACCUCGCUCCGUUCGCCACGACGGACGAAGCUGCCUCCCUCCACGCCAUGAUCGAGCAGCUCCAAGGACCGCCCCCUUCAGGCGGCCAGUUUGCGUGGAUCGACGGACCCCUCGUCCGCGCGGCCAAGCAGGGCCACUGGGUCCUCCUCGAUCAUGCGAAUCUCUGUGCAGCGUCGGUCCUUGACCGCCUCAACUCCCUCUUUGAGCCGGGCGGCAGCCUCGUUCUCAGCGAGCGCGGCAUGGUCGAUGGAGGUGUGCCGCACAUCGUGCCUCACCCCGCGUUCCGUGUCUUUAUGACCGUCGACCCCCGGCACGGUGAGCUCAGUCGCGCGAUGCGAAAUCGCGGCAUGGAGCUAUGGCUCGAUGCCCUCGACCUCGAUCGGCUCACUCCGUUUGCGCGCUCGCUGUGUGCCCACGGCACGCUGGUCGAACGGGCCGUGCAAGCCCAUGCGGCACGUCGAGGCGUGCCCACCGAAAGCGCACCUCUCAGCUCGGAGCCCAGCGUACGUGCUGCCUCAGCGCAUGCUGUGCUGAAGGAGGCCGGCAUGCCCGGUGCCGCCUUCGUCGCUGCAUGCUUGCAGGACGAGACCCUCGCCGAGGCCGCUCACAUCUACGCUGCUCAAGCGCUCACACCCGCAGAGCGUGCUCUUGUACAGCAUGUGAACGUGGAUCUGCCUUCUGGUGCUUCCAAGGGCUCUUUGCUCCCCCUUGAUGCGCGCCGUCAUCCUGAUAUGCGCACAUGCGAUGAUAUCGAGCCUCGUGCCGUGGAACUGCUGGUGCGUUGCCAUAUGCGUACCGCCUCUCUGGCUGCGCCUCCGCCGGGAUCCUUGCUGUGGCAGGUGCAGGACGAUGUACACCAGGUGCCCAUGCUCAUCCAAUCCAUGCCCGCCUUCCUCGAGGCCUGUAUCCACGUCGCACAAACGGCGGCGUCGUCCACCAACGGCGGCGUCUUGGCUCAGGCCGGUACAUUGCUGGACCUCGUCUCGUUUUUGGAAAGCGCGCUGCACCACACGGACCUGGACUAUUCGCUCGUGCACGUCAUGCUCCGCUCGAUUCGGACGGCCGUCUCGGAGCUUGCGCAGCGGCAAGUAGCCGUGCCUGCGUCGCUCGUCUCGCUGAUGCGAACGAUGCAACAAGCACCUCGCGCGACACACACAGGGGUCGCCAUGCAGGCGCUGUGGAUGCGGACGCUGCCCCAUGUGCCGCCGCCCAUGCUGCCGCAUAUCACGGCUCUCGAGGCCACGUACAUGACGCAGACACUGUCGCCCUCGCAGGCACGCACCGUUCUGCAGGUCCUAGCGACGCUAUAUGUGUGCAAUGCCUCGUGGACAGAGGAGCAGUGCCGCGAUCUUGCUCGACUUGCACAGGAACUGUGCGCCUUGCCGAGCCCGACGCACACUACGUCCUGGCCGUAUGUGGCGCGUGUCCUGCCCGUCUUGCUGUGGACCCUCGCCUCAUGCCGCGAUGCGCGUCUUUCCCAACUCGUGUCGUUGUGGUCCGCCUACCCGAGUGUGCCUGCUCCAUUGGUGGUCGGGACGCAGCUGUGUGCGUGGUCGCCGACCACGACCGUAUCGCCCAUGCUCCAGAUGCGCUGGCCUCGUGCUUUUUGGUACGCACCAGAUGGCUCCUUCAGCGUGGAUGCACCGGGUGCGCAUGCCUUGCACCGUGCCGUGAUUCUCCCAGCCGUGUUGGACGCCGUGCACGUCGACCGCAUAGCCUUGUCGGCAUGGCCAUCGUACGAUGCGCAUCUCCAUGAUUUGGCCACAUCUAUCGCUACUGCGUGCGUGCCGGCUCAAGCGCAUCGACUCACCCUACUCCGUGACAUGCUGCACACUUUUACGAUGUUCCUGUCGGAAGCGCUCGUCGAGGCGCUUCAAAGCUCCUUGUCACCAGACAUGCACGCGGACGUAGAUGGACUGCAUGAAGCUGUGCAGGCUCACGACUAUGUGCGCAUCGCCCACAUGGUUCGUACCCUCUGUCGGCGAUGCGAGGCCGAUGCUUCCUGGCACUCGGCCCUACAAGCAUGGCUCCAGCACCUCGCGCAUGCCCAUGACUGUCUCAGUGCGCACAAAGGUAUCACAGAGCUCGGCAGGGCCUGGGUGCAGCUGGCCUUGUGGACUCUGCACAUCUACAUCCCUGACGUGCCACUCGAUCCUGUGGCCGAGGCGCAUGCAAAGCACUCGUUCGGCAUGUCCAUCCACGCGCGUCUGUCACGCCAAGCGCAUGUCGAAGAAGCGGCCGAAACGUUCCGGUCAGGCGGCUGUGUCAAUGCCGUGGUGCAGCAGCUACAAACAGCCAUGUCCGACGUCCUGGCCCGCCUCGAAAGCUCCCGACAUACCCGCGUCACUCGCCCUCCUGCCACGGCCCUCCUACACCGCUUGCACGGCGAAUUGUCCGGCUUCGCAUCGCAGGUCCUAGCACCAGCCCGCGUUGAGCGCCUCGUAUCGCGCAUGUCAGCGUCAGACUCUACGGCCAUCGCCGAAGAGGCUUCGCUGCAGUCGUCGCUGCAUGCCUUUGAGCACCGCUUGUGGCGCCACUACGUCGACUUGCACGACCUGACGGCGCCCGUCCUUGUGGCUCUCGAGCAGAUGCGGCUCGGCUUGCGCCUGUGUCUCCCAACAUCCCCUGUACCCGGGCGCACAGAACGCCUCGCCUCGGCCGCCACGCGUUUUCCCUCUUCGAAUGCGGCCCAAACGCUCCUCAUCGAUGCUGCCGAGCCCCGUGCCGUGUCGACGGCGGUGCCCGAGCUGCUCCUGGUGCUGGCAUGCGCGGCCUACGAAGUACAGACGACGCACUCACGCGCGGCCAUCCAAGCUGUGUACACAGCCUAUGAGCAGCUGUACAUCUUGUGGGCGCAGCAGCGCGAGUCAGACCGUGAAAAAGCAGAGGCAGAGGCCCAGCUGUUCACGUUCAAGGACGAGGAUGCCUCCGAGGAACAGGCGCGCCUAGAUGCUGAAAUACGCGCCUUGUUCCCCGUCUAUGACGAUGUACUCGAGACCCAGGCUCGUAUGCCGAGCUCGUCAGACACUCCCCGCCUCGACGAGCACGUCAUGCUACGUGUGCUAGACUUGCACAUGGCACUGUUCCCAAGCGCCAUGGCGCGCUCGACUCAACGCUCCAUGCCGAGCGUACCUGACAUGCUGGUCCAGGCGACCGACUCGCUGCUCCGCACCUCUGCGCCUCUCGUGUCAUCCAUGCCGAUGGAGAUGGAUCGGACCGCCGCAUUCCAGCUAGCUCGUAUCGCUCGUCGUCGCGCACCGCCGACGCGCUCGACGAACUUUUACCAUGAUGCUCAGCCGCUAGAAAUCGCACGUUUGAUGCCGAUUCUCGAGCGACUGCGUGCGCGCGCCACAGAGUUACUGCACGCGAUACCCGAGCAAGUGCAAUUGCAGCAGCUCGUGGAACGCUGUGACCGCAUCGCCAUGCUCGACGUCGCCAGUCCCGUCGCCAAGGGUCUAGCUGCUGUCGAGCUUUUGCUGACGCACGUCGACGAUUGGCAGACGUACGCGAGUCGCGAUACUUCGCUGCAGGCACACGCCACAGAGCUGACGAAUCUCGUGGUCGAAUGGCGCCGACUCGAACUGCACAGCUGGAAGACCCUUCUGGACGACGAGGCAGCGCGAGAAGAAGCGUCUGUGGCGCCGUGGUUCUUUUCGCUCUACGAAGCUCUCACGCGCGCGUCACACGGCCCUUCCGCGCCAGAGCUCGUCGAGCUACUCGAUACCUUCGUGCGUGGUAGUACGGCCGGCCAACUGAGCACGCGCCUGGCUCUGCUAGACUCGUUCAGCAUGUUCCGCGGUCCCUCCCACCUGCAGUCCAUUUUGCACAACACUGCAGCUUACUAUGCUCAGUUCGUGCCGGCCAUCGAAGCUCAUCUGUCUCAGCAGCGCGACAUGCUUGAUCGCGAAGUCGCCGAUUUCGUCAAAUUGGCAACGUGGCGCGACGUGAACGUAUAUGCCCUGAAGCAAAGUGCACAAAAGACACAUGCGUACUUGCACAAGUCGCUGCGCAAGUUCCGUGAUAUUCUACGUCAGCCCGCCGAUCCUCUCCUGGCAUCCAAGGCAGAUGUCCGACCCGCGAUCGCCGUGCGGCCGCUUCUGGGACCGGCCUAUGUACCGUGUGACGUCGUUCCUGAAACGGCGUCUGAUACGUACACACCCAGUGCUUUCCACGCAACUCGGCCACCUCACUUGCAAGACAUGAAGCGUACUAUCCUGCACCUCUCAGAGCUCAGCACACACACUCUUCUGCCCCAGCUCGAAUCGCAACGGUACUUGGAUGUGGUGGAUAUGGGCACAACGAUCCUCGAGACAGCCGAUGCCUUGGCCCAACAGACUCCCAGCGUUGCGAAUGAAGGCAACAUGAAACUCAUAAAGAGUCUGGCCACGCAGAAACGGCGCGCUUGGACCGAUCUCAUCAAGGCGCUUCGUUUCAUGGGCCUCUCCCCCUUUGUCACAGCCGAGCUUCUCGCGCACAAUCGAGACCCCAUGCACGUGUAUGGCGUAGCACCGCUUUCGUCCUCGCAUACCGCUCUAGGCUUGGACGCUGUGUCGCAGUACUAUGCCGCAAUGUUAGCCCAAGCCGAGCGACUCCGUCUUGCAUCCCAGUCUCCGAAAGGCGACGUCCCCGAUCUCGUCCGUGGCAUCGCGAUCGUGGAGCACAUCGUGCAACUCUGUCUGCGUGUUCGACAGCGCCUAUCCAACAUGCUUCAGGGCGCUCGUGAUGUAUGGGCUCUGGCGCAGCGUCUUGGCCAGCUUCAAGGCAAUCUGGUUAGUAUGGACCAGACUUUCGUGCUACAUGUCCAAGGUCGAGCGCACGACUUUGCUCGUCUUUUGCGUGGCCUGGAUGAAUAUAUGGCAUCUCUGCCGAUGCAUCAGCAAGUAUCACCUCUGCCCACCUCGCCUGACUUGGCACCUGUCCAAUCUUUGCAGACACGCGUUCGCGAAUUGCACGCUCAGCUAGAAGCCCUCGCUUCUGCCUUGUCAGACUCGGGCAUCACACUUUGCACGGAACAAGAGUUCGACAUGGUCGCCACCAGCACACACGUCUUACAAGAUGCGCAGAAGGUAUUCGAACAACUGGCUGAUACACCCUCACUCACGCUCUUGGCCGUGCCUAUGCGCGAUUGGCUAGAGACAAUCAGCACGCCGAUAGCGUGCCAUACUCGCGAGGAGGAUGCAGCUUCCGUCCAGUCACUGUCCGACAAAGUGUGCUCGUCGAUGUUGGUCAUCGCCCAAGAACUACACAAGCAGCCCACGCCAGUGCAGGGCGGAGACGCUUUGCCCGAACGCUGGUUCGUGGACGAAGUCUCCAAGCUCCAUGAUAUCGAUCGCAUUCUCCGACCACAAGCCGUGGCAGGCGCUAUUCGCGACGCCAUGGCCACGGCAGGAACAGGACCCGUCACCAUGACAUGUGUACAGGACAUGAACAAGUUCCUGGCACCAUAUACCCAAUGGCUGUGGACACACAUGUCUUGCGUUUCGCUGUGGAACCGGUCCAUGAUGCGUUUGACGCUCGUACUCAGUGUGCUCAUGACGUCACUCGCUACCCAAGGUUUCUGUCAGCCUCCUGAAGAAAGUCAAGGCGAAGACGACCAAGAUGCCGAGGGCGGCGAUCAGCUCGAAGGUGGCACUGGGCUGGGUGACGGUACUGGUGCGAAGGAUGUGUCAGAUACGCUCCAAGAUGACGAAAAUAUGGAGGAGCUCGAGAAGGAGGAUCAAGCGGAGGAUGACGAGCCAGAGGCGACGAAAGGCGAGGAUAAGGCACGUGAAAUGGACGAUAUGGAUGGUGACGUGCACAGUGUCGAUGGAGAACAAGGCGAAGAAGCUGAUGACGACGGCGAGGAGCAAGAGCAAGACGUGGAAGACGAAGUGGGCGAUAUAGAUCCCCUGGAUCCUGACGCCGUGGACGAAAAGAUGUGGGGCGACGAGCCUGAGAACGAAAAGCAGGGCGAGUCGGAAGCACAGGGCGGCGCAGAAGACGACCGCGAACAAGCGGGUGAUAGAAACGAGGCGCAGCAGCGCGAAGAGGGCGACGCUCAAGAUCAAGCUGAGGAAGAAGAGCAGCAAGAUGAACACUCUGGCGACAACGAUGCCGACGAAGAAGCCGAAGUCGAAGACAUGCCUGAACUCAAUGAAGGACUUGGUCGCGAGCUCGAUCAGGAAGCCAAAGAACAAGAUAUGCAGCUAGGUGAUCUUGAUUUGGGCGAGCAAGACGAAGACGAGGAAGACAACGACAUGCAAGACGAUGAAAAUCUUUCUCUGCCAGAGGGUGACAUCGACGAGAAAGAAGAUGAGACAGCCAACUUUGACGAACACGAUACCCAGGAAACUCGAAUGGACACGGAUGAGCAUGACGUGCAUGAGGGUGAGGAGCAGAAUCGUGACGAGCAAGCGUCCGAGAAAGACCGUGAAGAGGGCUCGGAGGAACAAGCAUCUGAUCCGCCUGAUCCCGAGCCAAAGACUAGGGAGGAUGAAGAAAAAAUAGACGAGGUCAAAUCCUCGGGCGACAAGCCCCAAAAUGCUCGUGCGCCGCCGCCGAUGCCAAUGGACCAGCAUCAGCAUGAAACGCUGGGUGAGAAAGACUCGGAUCCGAUGGACUUCGAUGCAACUCAUGAAGGUGGCGGCGAAGACACCGGCGGUGCAGCCGGGCAACAAGAUCGGGCCAAAGGCGAAGCGGGCCAAGCAGAUGGCUCGUCGGCUACACAAGACCAGGGCGCUCACCAAGAUGCAAACGAGCAAGCUGCACAGGGCACAGGAGACGAAGAAAAGUCCGAAGCGCAACCAAACCCUACGCAGAGCAUUGCCGAUUCGCUUGAUCAGUUCCGCCGAGACGUGGAAUCUAUUCGCGAGGCGACACAGCACGACCAAGAUGCAGCCAUGAAAGACGGCGGUGUUCCUGAAUCUAGUGACAUGGAACACGUGGCGCAUGACGAUGAUGCUGAUGCCCAGGCUCUUGGCACGGCCGAUGAACAACAAGCCCAAGCUAUGAAGCAACUAAGUAUGGACGAUGACAACGCAGCAGGAGAAACCUUGGCGAUGCCAGAACAGGACCAGGACAUGGACAUGCCAGACUCUUCCGCACCUCCCGAUCUUCCCGAACCCGAAGGCUCGGGCUCACAGCCCCGUGGAGCCCGUGAAGGUGCUAUGAUGGCCUCUGACGUGUUGAAUAACCACGGCACAGAGGGUGACAAUGAUCUUCCUAAGGAAGAAGAGGAUGAAGAACACAUGGAGCCUAUUGCAGAUGAACAGCGUGUCGAGGCUGACCAGCACGUCGCCGAAGAGCUAGAAGAAUUCCGUACAUUCGAUGCCGAUGCGAAUCGCGCGUCAGAGCUGUGGCGUUCUUACUCGGCGCUCACAUCCGACUUGGCAUUCGGCUUAUGUGAACAGCUGCGACUCAUUCUCGCGCCAACGCUUGCCACGCGUCUAAAUGGCGAUUACCGCACAGGCAAACGCCUUAACAUGCGUAAGAUUAUUCCGUUCAUCGCAAGUGACUUCGCCAAGGACAAGAUCUGGCUGCGGCGUACCAAGCCUUCUGCCCGCGAGUAUCAAGUCUUACUGGCCAUGGACGACAGCAAAAGUAUGGCUGAGAGCCGCAAUAUUCACCUAGCGUACCAGACACUUGCGCUCGUGUCUGGUGCACUGACCCGGCUCGAGAUUGGUGAUAUUGGUAUUUGCCGCUUUGGCUCGCAGAUGGACAUGCUUCAUGACUUUGGUUCGACAACCUUUACAGAUCGCCAUGGCGGUCAAAUCCUCCAGCGCUUGCGAUUCCAGCAAACUCGUACGGAUAUGUUUGCAUUGCUUGAGCAAAGCAUGCGUGUGCUCCGCAGGGCAAGAGAGCAGCAUGCCUCAGCUUCUGCAGCUGAUUUGUGGCAGCUCGAGAUUAUCAUUUCUGAUGGCGUAUGUCAAGACCACGCCAAGCUCAAGGCACUUCUGCGCCGUGCGGCAGAGGAGCGCAUCAUGAUCGUGUUUGUGAUUGUGGACGCAUGCGACGAAUCAGCUCCAGCCGAUACCCAUCAAGCACAGCGUAGCUCGAUUCUCGCGAUGAACCAGGUCAACUACCACAUGGACGCUGCUGGCAAGUUGCAGCUGGAGAUGAAGCACUACAUUGAUACCUUCCCCUUUGACUACUAUGUCAUCGUGCGUGAUGUGCAGUCCCUCCCUCAGGUACUUGCCACUACACUAUGCCAGUGGGCGGAGCGGAUUCGUGAUGCCUAA